GGAGAAGGUAGUGACGCACAGGGUCGGAGCCGUCAGGAGAGUUGCUGUAACUCCCUUGACAGCUGAACCAGGAUUCGGGAAGCGUGGAGCUCACGUACAGGAAAGGGCAUCGGUAGGCCAUACAAGGGCGGAGCUAUGUUAUGGUUCCGGGCGGGGCCGGCGUAUACCCCCCCCCCCGGCUCUGACGACUGACCAAUCCGCGGGCUUGUACUAGCUGUGAAUUGGAGACUGCGAAGAGAGCAACGUCUCUAUAGGACCGCCGCAGGCCGUCUUCCGGUCGGGGGGCGGGGCCCCGAGCGGUGGCGGGAAAGAAGCGGCUCAGGCGCGGCCUCUGAGACGCGGAGGGGCGGAGACGGGUCUCGGACUUCUACCCUUCAUCAUGGACGCGGCCGAGGUGGAGUUUUUGGCCGAGAAGGAGCUGGUGACUAUCAUCCCGAACUUCAGUCUGGACAAGAUCUACCUGAUCGGGGGGGACCUGGGGCCGUUCAACCCUGGCUUACCCGUGGACGUGCCCCUGUGGCUGGCCAUUAACCUGAAACAGAGACAGAAGUGCCGUCUGCUACCUCCAGAGUGGAUGGAUGUGGAGAAAUUGGAGCAGAUACGGGAUGAGGAGCGGAAGGAGGAGACAUUCACCCCAGUGCCCAGCCCACACUACAUGGAGGUCACGAAGCUCCUGCUGAAUCAUGCUUCUGAUAACAUUCCCAAAGCAGACACCAUCCGAACACUGAUCAAAGAUCUGUGGGACACACGCAUGGCCAAGCUCCGGGUGUCUGCUGACAGUUUUGUGCGGCAGCAAGAGGCACAUGCCAAGCUGGAUAACUUGACCUUGAUGGAGGUCAACAGCAGCGGGGCCUUCCUCACCCAGGCCCUCAACCACAUGUACAAACUCCGUACAAACCUGCAACCCUCCGAGAGCUCUCAGUCUCAGGACUUCUAACCAGAGGCCUCUGGGCUGGCUGUGUCCUUUGCUGUGUCUGAUGGAGUGUGGGGGAAGGGUGUGGAACACUGGUGGAGAGGCAAGUUUGCUACCAGUCUUUGUCAGAAGUCAGCCAGUUCGACUCCAUCGAACAGAGAAGCCGCCAGCUUUUCUCCUCCGCCCAUAUUUCUCUUGUGACCAAGGACUGCACGCCAAGCACAGUGAGUGUUUGGGCCAGCUCAGUUCAGCUCAAGUGUCUUCAAGCUUGACCUGUGGAAAGCUGUAUGUAGCUGAGGCUGCGGGGGUGGUGGUGGCACUGAUACAGAAAGACUUUCAUCUUAACAUGAUUUAGGAAGAUUUUAUUUUUGGGAUGUCAGAAAUUACAGCAAUAUAUUCAUAAAUACCUAAUUACUACAUUCAACAAAUAAUAUUACAAUACAGUUAAUUCAAACAAG